AUGAGCGAAAUGCCUGGCCCCAGUGGCCCCGGAGGCAUUCUCCGAACGAAGAUUUCGCUGAAAAGUGGCACCGUCGUUCCGCCGUUUCACACCUUCAAAAUGACACUUCCACGUGAGAUUUCUUGAAAAUUCUGCAAAAAAUUCAAAUUUCCCAUUGCAGCGUACUCGGAAAUCCAAGGAAAUCACGACCUGCUCACCUCGUACGGCCUCGGUCCGAUCGAGGCGAUCUUCGCGGGAUCGCGGCGUGUCAAAGAGCCGCUCUCGACGUUUCUGCCGCAUAUCAUCGGAAAAUUCAACUUUGACCACACGCGGGAGGCGAGUUCCCUGCAGGCAUUGAUAGCCAAACCGCCCAUUCACAAGGAGAUAACGAAUCUGAACAGCUCCUCCAUGCAGGGCUUCAAACUCACCGCCGGACCCGUCGACGAGAGGUUCGCAUUGAGUUUUUGAGGGAAAAUCCGAAAAAUCGUAAAAAAUUACAGGUACAAAGACUAUUUCGAGCGGCGAAAAGACGGCGCGGUAAUGUUGUACAGCGAGAAAAUGAACGUGGUGCGGCCGAAGCCGAGUUAUGACAUUUACGGAAUCGACGGCGACGAAACGGAGAAACCGUUUCCGCGGAAGCACAAGAAGAAGAAGAAGGACAAAAAGAGAAAAAAGGACAGGGAGGGCGUUGCGGAGCCGUCGGAACGGAAGAAGAAGAAGGAGGAGGCGAAGGGCACGCCCAUGGAGUUUUGA